AUCGAAAUGUAAAAGGCUUUUUCAGAAUGAAGUUAUCAGCGUGACCCGGAAGUAAACAGCAGCGCGCGGCGCUAGCAGCUUGUAGCUAGCUUGUGUUCAGAGACCGGCGGCGAUUUUGUCUGGACAACAGUGACGUUUUUGGACCCAAAGGAGGAUACGAACUGUCAGUUUCGAGUGAAAAAGCAGCGUAAAGAAGGUGUUUGUGGGAGUUGGAGCUGAAGAUCGGAGCAGGAACCAUGUCUUCCCUUCAGUCUCUGAGAGAGUUGGAUCAGCGAGCGACUAGCUGCUGCUGCUGAAGAAAUCUGCAGACUCUGUGAAGGAACCGUCUUCCAGUACGAGCAGGAGCUCUGUCGUCAGCGCAGACUGCUGGAUGUCAUCUGGAAACCACAGCUGCAGCUACACCACAUAGUCCUCCCCCAGCAUUGGAUGACUGAAGAGGAAGAUCUUUUCAAGCAGCAGAGGAACUUCAGAGUGGAACAGGAGGAACCAGAACCUCCACAGAUUCAAGAGGAACAGGAGGAACCAGAACCUCCACAGAUUCAAGAGGAACAGGAGGAACCAGAACCUUCAGAAACUAAAGACGAACUGCAGGAACCAGAACGUCCACAUAUGAAAGAGGAGCAAGAAGAGCUCUACAUCUGUCAAGGUGAAGAGCAGCUUGAUCUGAAGCAGGAGACUGAUACAUUGAUGGAGAUUCCUACUUAUGAGGAAGAUGAGAACAGUGAAGCAGAUCUAAACAAUCAGCAAAGCUUUAUUGUAACUGAUAGUCAAGAUGAAGAAGGAAACCAACAUGAAGAACCAACAUCAACUACAGAUGAAGAGACAGAUCCACAGAAAAAAGGUCAGAGGAAGAGAAGAGACAGAAGUCAUGUCCAAAGUAUGGACAGCUUUCACAUGUCAGCAGGUCAGUGUGACAUCAACUUGGAGGAAAUAACAGAAAAAUGUGUUCAUGACAAAACAUUAAGAAAAAUUGCUUCAAAGAAGAAAUGGAAAAAAAAAGAGAAAACGAAGAAGUACUCUUGUCAAGAGUGUGGAAGAACUUGUACAACUGCUCAAAGUUUGAAGUAUCACAUGUUUACCCAUACAGGAAAAAGGCCUUAUUCCUGUAAAAAAUGCGGCAAAAGGUUUGUUCAAAAGUCUCAUGUUACGUGUCACAUGUUAAGUCACACCGGAGAGAAGCCUUAUUCCUGUAAGGAAUGCAACAAAUGUUUCCGGUAUAGUUCUGUGCUCACUCAUCACAUGUAUACUCACACAGGAGAGAAGCCUUAUUCCUGUAAGGAAUGCAACAAGGAUUUCAGAAAUAAAACUCAUCUCUCUUCUCACAUGCUAACUCACACCGGAGAGAAGCCUUAUUCCUGUAAGGAAUGCAGCAAAAGUUUCACUCAAAGGUCUCAUUUAACAUCUCACAUGUUAACCCACACUGGAGAGAAGCCAUAUUCCUGUAAAGAAUGCAACAAAUGUUUCCGGUAUAGAUCUGUCCUCACUCAUCACAUGUUAACUCACACAGGAGAGAAGCCAUAUUCCUGUAAGGAAUGCAACAAGGAUUUCAGGAAAAAGUAUAAUCUCUCAUCUCACAUGUUAACUCAUACCGGAGAGAAGCCUUAUUCCUGUAAGGAAUGCAGCAAAAGUUUCACUCAAAGGUCUCAUUUAACAUCUCACAUGUUAACCCACACUGGAGAGAAGCCAUAUUCCUGUAAAGAAUGCAACAAAUGUUUCCGGUAUAGAUCUGUCCUCACUCAUCACAUGUUAACUCACACAGGAGAGAAGCCAUAUUCCUGUAAGGAAUGCAACAAGGAUUUCAGGAAAAAGUAUAAUCUCUCAUCUCACAUGUUAACUCAUACCGGAGAGAAGCCUUAUUCCUGUAAAAAAUGCAGCAAAGGUUUCACCCAAAGGUCUCUUGUCACACGACACAUGUUAACCCACACAUGGUAGAAACAGCUUUGUAUUUCCAGUCCAACAAUCAUUCCUCCUUUUCAGGAGAAAUAAUUGCAGGUAUCACAAAAAAUAAAUAAAUUACGGGUAUCACUGUAAGCUUCAUGUUCUGUGAUAAAUGAUUUUUGUUUACAGAGGUUCAUUUUUUAAGGUAAAGUAGACCUGUGUUUAAAUUGAAGCAGGUUAGUUCAUUAGAGAAAGUGUUUUUUAAAUGUUCCUAAAUAACUGUUUUUUUUGCCAUUUCAGAAGCACCUUGUGUGUGUCAAUUCUGAACAAAAAACUUUGGGGUUUUUUUUGUUAGUUGCUUUUAGGAUCCUGUUACAAAGUGUCAAAUAAAAGACAAUAUUUGUUAGUUUGUAUUGGAGUUAAUAUGAAAUAAUAUUGUUAAUUAAUUAAUUUUGAAAUGAUAACCAAGUCAUAGAUCCAUCAACCGUUACCUGCUAGCUAGUUUACCUUUGUCUACACCUGUGUUUCCAAGUGAAGCAGGUUAGUUCAUCAGAGAAAAUAUUUAUUAAAUGUUUCUAAAUAAAUGAUUUUCAGCUGUUUCUGAA